GUCACCGAAUGAUGUUUCUGAUUGUGACAUUUUCGUAAUUGCGUUGAUAGUAGUGACAAGUGAAAUCGAAGGACUUUUGUGAUAAAUAUUGGAAAAUACUCAAAAUGUCCUUUUUUGGAGUAGGAAAUCCUUUUGCUACGCCGGUUGGUCAAAAAAUAGAACAAGCAACUGAUGGCUCCCUACCGUCAGAAAACUGGGCCCUAAAUAUGGAAAUAUGUGAUAUAGUUAACAGUAGUGCAGAUGGACCAAAAGAUGCAAUCAAAGCCAUUAGAAAAAGACUGACCCAAAGUGCUGGAAGAAACUAUACUGUGGUCAUGUAUACUCUGACUGUACUAGAAACCUGUGUGAAAAAUUGUGGAAAACCUUUUCAUGUUUUAGUCUGCAACAAGGAAUUUAUUUCGGACUUGGUAAAACUUAUUGGACCUAAAAACGAUCCACCUACAGUAGUGCAAGAAAAAGUGUUAAGUCUUAUUCAGUGCUGGGCGGACGCAUUCCAGAAUCAACCAGAAUUACAGGGUGUUGGGCAAAUUUAUAAUGAGCUCCGCUCCAAAGGGGUGGAGUUCCCGAUGACGGAUCUAGAUGCGAUGGCACCUAUUUUCACGCCACAAAGGAGUGUUCCUGACGGUGUAGAACAGCCAGUAGGGUCGCCACAGCGCACCGCAACGCUGCAGCACUCACCAACCAGACAGCUGCAAGAGAACAAUAUGGCUACGGUGACAUUGUCGGAGAGUCAGAUGAACAAGCUGCGCGGCGACUUGUCGGUGGUGGAGGGCAACCUGUCGGUGAUGGGUGACAUGCUGAACGAGCUGACAGCGCAGCCGCCCCACCAGCAACAUGACAGCGAUGUUGAGUUGCUCAAUGAGCUGGCGGAGACGCUGCGCGCGAUGCAGCAGCGGCUGGUGGAGCUGGUGGCGCGGCUGGCGGGGGAGAGUCCCCUCACUGCUGACCUGCUGCUCGCCAACGACCGCCUCAACAACCUGCUGCUGCGACACUCGCGCUUCAUCAACAACAGAAAUGCGGCAAAAGGAGGUGCGACACCGUCCGCCAUUUUGGGUGCGGCCAUGGGAGUACCUGGUUCUGAUGCAUCAAAGACAGGUGAUGAUGAUGCUCUUAUUGACCUCAGUGAUGAUGUACCCGAUGUCAGCAAACUGAGUGUGAAGGAUGUGUCAGAGGAGAAGUCUCCGAGCAGCUCCAAGGACGAGUUCGAUAUGUUUGCUCAGUCUCGUAAUAUUACCUACGAAAAUACUAAAACUGGAGGCAGCAGUUAUGCGGACAAUGUGGAGCAGCAGGCGAGUGGACUUGCCGCAGCCGCGAGCCAGCGAGCUACACAGGCACCGACACUGCCCUCAGGGAUGGAUCAGCGAGAGAUCGAUGAGAUAUCCGCCUGGCUCGCACAAGAGAAGGCGGCUUCAGAAGCCAACGUAGGACAGGAAAGUGUGACAAGUAGUGACUUCGACAAGUUCCUGGCGGAGCGCGCGGCCGCCGCCGACAGUCUGCCCAGCAUCGACCCCCAGGACCCCCCGCACCCACCGCACAACCCCCCGAACCCCCCGCACCAGACCCCCCGCCACAGGCAGAUCAACAAGGAACAAGAGGACACCAUGUUCGCGCUCUGAUCUGCUCAUUUAAAUAACUUUACCGCUUUCUAUGGUAAAUAUAUAUUUUGUUUUCUAAUAUAUUUUUAAAAUAGCUUUUGCUGUCAAUGAAAAUACGACGCUGCAGAGUUACAUCAAAAAAGUUUAAAUACGGUUCUUUUUU